AUGACGAGCUCGGAGCGAGAACGUGUCGCUGAGCAGAUUCUCCACCGUCUGGAGGGCCUCGGGUCGAGGCGGUGCAGCUGCCGGAUGUGGUCAUCUCCACCUACCACCUCCGCCACCCCCCCAAAUCCUCAGGCGGUGACCUCUGAGCCUCGCCGCGUUUCCAUGGAAACCUACUGGAGAGAAGUGCGGAGCAUUGAGGAGGAGAAGGAGGGACAAGAAGAGGAGGAGGAGGAGGAGAGGAAGAGUAUGGACGAGGUGGAGUUGGAGGAGGCGUGGCUGACGGAGGCGGGGUUAUUCCUGGUGACGGGCUCAGAUGAGGCAUCGCCACCGCCUGCCGAGGCGCUGCUGUCCACGUUGACACGGCAACAAGCUGCCACGGUGAAGAAAAGGUUGGACAACUACAACGAGACGCUGAAGAUGAGAAAUAGGCAGCCAAUCAGAGACGUCCGGGACAUCUUCACUGAGCUGUUGUGUAUUUUAGAGCAGACCGGCCUGCAGACUGAAGGGAUUCUCAGAGUACCGGGAUCAGCUGCCAGACUGAAGUACCUGCGCAGAGAGAUAGACAGGUGUUGUGGAAGGUUCGACUGGUCUGCGGUGAGACAGGUUGACGCUGCAGGUCUGCUGAAGCUGUUCAUCAGAGAGCUGCCGACACCUCUGCUGACACACACGCACCUGUCCACCUACCGCUGUGUGCUGGGUAUCCCAUCUGUGGUCCAUCAGGUCCAGGCUCUGCAACUGCUGCUGCUGCUGCUUCCUGAAGCCAACAGAGACACGUUCAAAGCACUGCUGGUCUUCCUGCAGAAGGUGGUCUCUCAUCAGGAGCAGAACCGGAUGUCUCUGUGGAACGUCUCCAUGGUCAUGGCGCCCAACCUGUUCACCUGCCAUCACCAUGGCAACAAGUGCUCCAUCGCUAAACAACAGGAGGAGAUGGAGGAGGCGGUAGGCGGGGCUCACCUGGUCCGACUGAUGAUCACACACCAGGAUCUGCUGUGGACCAUCCCCAGCUUCCUGCUGUCUCAGGUGAGACAGAUGAAUCAGGCGUCCAAUCAGAAACAGCUCGGCCUGACCAAGAGACUACUGCUGAGGAGAAAGAACGACAAGAACGAAAGGAAUCAGAUCACGGAGCUGUGUGAAGGUGUGAUCCGGGUUCACGCUCCCCUGCACACCAAGGUCUCCAUGGCGAUACAGCUUGAUGGACAGACAAGAGCUAAAGACGUCAUCGCCCGCUUUGAGUGUGACAACAGUCCUGUCCAGCGUCUGUAUGAAGUCGGAGGAAACAUCGGUGAGCGUCGCCUCCAUCCAGACUGUUUGCUGUUGGACGUUUACAAAGUGAAUCCUCACUGCGAUUGGCUGAUCAAACCAUGACUCACGCCUCUCUAACCAUCCCGUCCAGUCAGCUUUAUUUAUACAGCUCGCCAUCAGAAACCACAGACUCCCCACCAAGGAGCUUUGCAGUGUGACGAGUCCUCAGAGCCUCGAAAUCCAAAGCAGGAGGGACAGGAAGUAGUCCGGACAAUCAGGAUCACUGAUUACAGAUAAGCUGUAUGUAACAUGUGAAGAAGGGUCACCUGUCUCACAUCCGUGACAUCACAAGGCUUAGUCAAAUGAACACAAACAUGAACAGCUGUAUAACAGAUUUCUGUCAAUAAACUGUUUCCUGUU